AUGAUGCCUCUAAAACGACGCUUUGAUACAGAUACAAACCAAGUCUCAAAACUUGACGAUGAACUUUUGAUCUUACAACCUGCUUGUCGACUCCAAGAUUUAAAAAUUCAAGGAAUCGUAGAAGAUGUUUUAAAAGGAAACCUUCGAGGCGUCUUCUACAACGCUUGGGACUCCGAGGCACGCAGUUCUUUUCUACGUGAAAUCAUCAAGCAAGAAUUGAGUAAAAUCCAGCUAAACGCUUCCAAUGUGGCUGUUCUGGUCAUGAUCGGGGAAGUCAACGAUACUACAAUUGAAAAGGCCAGCCAUCGAGUUUGGAAGCCUGAUUAUGACAGUUUUGCGUCGGCUUGGUACAAGAACGAAUCUCUCUUCGCCAUCGGAACUGUGUUUCUAAAUUACGACAAACCGGUGCGUAAAAUUAUGUGA